UGAAUAUUUCAUGCUAUUAUGGGUGAUCUUAAAUUCUUCUCUGUAAGCCUUAGCCUCCCUGCUUUCACUCUCUCUCCUUUACUGUCAACUGCAGCUGUGAGAGAGAGAGAGAGAGAGGAAACAAUGGCGACGAAGGCGGUUUCACGGUGGUCAGUCACCGGCGCGGCGGCGCAGAUAGAGCAGCAGCAUUUCAGCACCUCAAGCAGUACAGUGCAAUUCGGAAGCAUUAAUUUCAGGCCGCCGAAGCAAUUAAGAAUAGCCAAUGCAGCAGUUAACGCCGGUAGCUCAGACGGUGAUGCUGGCAUUUCCUUCGCACAGAACUCCCGUCCUACUCCUCCUCUGCAGCAGCUUCCCGGCGCCGCCUCCAGGACAAAGCGUCACACCAUCUCAGUAUUUGUUGGGGAUGAAAGUGGUAUGAUAAAUCGAAUAGCUGGUGUCUUUGCUCGUCGAGGCUACAAUAUCGAGUCUCUGGCUGUGGGGUUGAACGAGGACAAGGCUCUGUUCACCAUAGUUGUCUCUGGAACAGAAAAGAUUUUGCAACAAGUUGUUGAGCAACUCAACAAGCUUGUGAAUGUCUUGAAGGUGGAAGAUUUGUCGAAGGAACCACUAGUGGAACGUGAACUAAUGCUGGUAAAGCUCAAUGCAGAUUCCAAUACUAAAGGAGAAAUUAACUGGUUAUCGGACAUCUUCAGGGGAAAUAUCGUGGACACAUCAGAAAACACUUUGACCAUGGAGGUUGGGAUUCUUUUUAUGGUUCCCAUGGUCACUGGAGACCCUGGGAAGAUGGCAGCGGUCCUGAGAAAUCUCAGUAAGUUUGGCAUCAAAGAACUAGCACGAACUGGAAAGAUUGCAUUGAGAAGGGAAAGGAUGGGCGAAACAGCUCCAUUUUGGAGGUUCUCUGCAGCUUCUUAUCCAGAUCUUCAGGGAACUAUACCCAUCAAGGAAGAUAAUGCCAGUAAGCAAGUAAUUGAAAAGAACACUAAUGGCAAAGUUAAUGGUGUCUCAGGGGGUGAUGUUUAUCCUGUGGAAUCUGAUGAUGACUUCUACCAUCAAGUUCUUGAUGCCAACUGGGGUGUCCUCUAUGAUGAAGAUUCAAGUGCGCUACAAUCGCACACUUUGUCCAUGCUCGUCAACAAUUCUCCUGGAGUACUGAACUUGGUGACAGGGGUCAUAUCCCGGAGAGGCUACAACGUUCAGAGUCUAGCUGUAGGUCCUGCAGAAACAGAAGGCAUUUCGCGCAUAACAACUGUCGUUCCUGGAACAGACGACAGUAUUGGCAAAUUAGUUCAGCAAUUCUAUAAGUUGAUGGAUGUUCAUGAGGUUCAAGUUCUGACACACUUGCCAUUUGCUGAGCGUGAACUCAUGCUUAUUAAGAUUGCUGCAAAUGCUGCUGCAAGAAGGGAUGUGCUUGAUAUCGCCAACAUUUUCCGGGCUAAGCCUGUUGAUGUCUCCGAUCACACAAUAACAUUAGAGGUGACCGGAGAUUUCAAUAAAAUGCUCGCACUCCAGAGACUAUUGGAGCCUUAUGGUAUUUGUGAGGUGAGUUUGCCUAAAUCACAUCCUAUUUUGAUUUCACUUGCAGUUUUCAAAAUAUUUAAUCUAGAAACAUCAUGCUUCUACCAAACAUGUGAAGUUGUAUUGGAUAACGAACAUAUUGAUACUCGAAAAAAGUUCAAAACACCGUUACACUGCUGAAUUUGAUCUGAGAAUUGGGUUUUGGGAAAACUCCAUAUAUUUGGCAUAUGUUAGUGUGGCCACAUUGUGUUCAUUUUCGUUGCCUUUUCUUACAUAAAAUUCAAUUUUGCUGCCCUUUUGACCCUUUUCCCGUUCAUCGUUCAUCAAGGUGGCACGGACCGGGAGGGUGGCGUUGUUGCGGGAGUCAGGCGUGGAUUCAAGAUACCUAAGAGGAUACUCCAUUCCCUCGUAGUAUACCAAAAAACACCCAUUGUCUCUGGUUGGUCGCUUCUUUCUGUCUCUUGUCCAAAUUUAUUUAUGCUAGUAAAAAAACCUUAUGCAAUGGAACCGAUCAGAAUGAGACUAUUGUUUUAUUGCUUAUCACGCAUGACAUUAAACGAUGGAGAGAAUCUGAGACAUUAAUCACUUUA